AGAAAUUUCAACCCCUCCCGCAAGCCGACAUGGAUUUCAACAUCAGCCCGCGUAUGUUAGUUGGAGCGGCCAUCGCGUACUACGGGACUCUUAUGUUCUACCGCUUGUUCCUUCAUCCUCUGGCUCGCUUUCCCGGUCCAAGGCUAGCGGCCAUCUCGCGCUGGUACGAGGCUUACUAUGACGUUAUUCUAGAUGGGCAAUACACUUCAAAGAUUGCAGAGCUUCACAAAAUAUAUGGCCUCAUCAUCCGGAUCAGCCCUUACGAGCUACACGUCAGCGACCCCGCAUUCUUCAAUACGCUCUAUCGCACGGAUGGACGCUGGAACAAGUAUUCCUGGACGUACGAUGCCUUCGGGGCCAAGGGCUCCACUAUCUUCUGUUCAGAUCACGAUGCCCAUAAGGCUCACCGCCGUGCCAUCGCCCCAUUUUUCUCCAAGUCUAAUGUUGCUGCACGGGAAGAUCUACUACACCGAAACAUCGAAAAGCUAUGUCAGCGCAUUUCCAAGCUCGCUGGAACCAGCUUCAACCUAGGAGCAGCCAUCAGCGCCUUCACACGAGACAAUGCCAAUGAAUUCAUUGUUGGUAAAGCUUACAAUGAGCUCGAGCUGGAAGACUUCGGUAUCGGAUUAUCUAUCGCGUCUCAAGGCGCCGGCGUCUUCUGGCGCACGACGAAGCAUAUACGCUGGUUCGGCCCCGCAUUGAGAGCGAUGCCCGUCGACUGGGCCAUGAAGGUGGCAGAUGAAGGCACCAAAUCCUUCCUGCGGUAUCUGCAGCAAUCCGAACAGGACACGCGAGAUACUUUGGCUGCUGCAGCGUCCUCCUCCCCUGACGAUAAAGUCCAGAACACCAUAGUACACGCGAUUGUUCACUCCGACCUCCCAGCCGCGGAAAAAACUUUCGACCGCAUUUUUGAGGAAGUAGCUACCGUGACUGGUGCAGGGUUCGAAACAACCGCCAACACCAUGAGGCUGAUCCUAUUCCACGUGUACACCAAUGACGGGAUCCUAAGACGUCUCAGAAAGGAACUCGCUUCGCUUCCAACUCACUCUUCCAAGGCAAAUGCGUUGAAGGAGCUGGAGCAGCUGCCCUAUCUCACGGCUGUUUUAAUGGAAGGCAUGCGCCUGAGUCCUGCAGUCGCCUCACGAGCGGCGCGUAUCACGGAUAAGGACCUCUUCUACAACCACUGGCGCAUUCCUGCCGGUACACCCGUCGGAAUGACUACUCUGUUGAUGCACACGGACGAGAAAUUGUAUCCUAAUCCAAUGCGCUUCGAGCCAGAGCGGUGGAUGGACUCUACGGCCCGGAGAGCAGCCGCCUCGAAGUAUGCCCCCUUCUCGCGAGGCACAAGGAUAUGCCUCGGCAUGCAUCUAGCGUGGGCAGAGAUGUACUUGCUUCUUGCUGCCCUAGUUCAGCGCUUCACCUUUACGAUUGAGGGUGCCGCGGCCGUUGAUUUCGAGUUGGAGAAGGACAAUUUUGGAAUCGGCACCAAGGCUGGAUGCAACUUGAUGGCGCAUGUUGCUUCGUAGGAGGCUCGAUAUCGCGCGGUCUUGCGGUGGCUUAGUUUGCGAAUGACCCUGCCCCUCGGUCAUCGUAUGUGGAAGGAAUUCGCCGAUAAUGCGUUCACCUCCGACGUGAACCACCAUCGUGUCGUGGCCUAACUAAGGCAUCUCCGAGAAACCGCCAGCUGAAGCUGCGAUUUACGUGCUACGUAUUUGCAGUUCGACCAGGGUGGCUCGUGUUGGCGGAGUGAUGGGUUUGCGCAUGGGUUGUGGUAGGGAAACGUGCAGAUGCGAUGGGGAAUAAGACUGGUCACUCUUCACCUAUAAAGGUUCAAC